CUCUGCCGCCGCCGCCGCCGCCGCCGCCAGUCGGAGGAAUCAUGUCUCGCAAAGGCAAAAGUGGUGUUUCUUCCAUGAAUGACGAGGAGGCCCUUAAUUUCUCUUCUGAGGAAGCAAAGGGUGAUGAUCUCCAGGAAAUUAAGAAGGAGUUGGUGAAGAUUGAAGAGAAGGUGGAUGCUCUGCUGGCCAGCCUGGAGCAGAUGGAAAGUGAUCCGAGUGAGCAGUGUGAACCAUACGUGAGGAACAGACCUGAGGAGGAGAUGGAGAGUAACAGUGCCGUGCAGGAAGCUGAUGCCAACAUGGAGAUGGAGGAGAGUGGAGGCACUGACGAUGACGCCGGCAACCAUGCUUAGGAGGGGCCCGCCUGGAGGAGGAGGACACGAAGAUCGAGGCAGGGAGGACCAGCUGGGGUGGCUCUAGAAUGAUGGCGGUGGCAGCCCUAGAGGAGUCAGAGGGCAACAGAAACACCAUUGGGGUGAGCAGCGUUCUUUAGUGCCUAUAGGGCCCAGAUGGAAGGCUUGCCCCUUCUUGUCACAGCCAGGCCCUUGUCCUAGAGCCAGCCUCCCGGGUCCUCUCCAAUUGUAUCUUUCAGCAUAUGCUCCCUGUUGUCCUCAACCUUACUCUCCCCAGGCUCAUUAGCUCCCCUCCCUGCUACAGGUGGCCCCUUUCCUGUUUGCUGUGGCUCCCCCUAAGAGUUUACAGUAAGGCCCCUGUGAUUUUCUUCACUUAACUCUUGUAACUUUUUUCGGGUUCCACAAUAAAAAGUUCUAUUGCUCUG